AUGACGAUUUCUCCAGAAAUCACACAAGCUCUCCACGACAAGGUGCCAGUAGUUGCCUUGGAGUCCACUAUUAUCACACAUGGCUUUCCUUUUCCACAGAAUAUUGAAAUGGCUCGCAAAGUGGAGUCGAAGAUUAGACAAAAUGGCUGCAUUCCGGCAACUUGUGCUUUCAUUGAAGGUAAACCCUAUGUGGGACUCUCAGAUAGCCAGUUGGAGUUCUUAGCAGAGCAAAAGAAUGUCAAUAAAGUGUCUAGAAGGGAUAUUGGAGUGACAAUGGCUCAAAAACUCAAUGGUGGAACCACAAUCGCCGGAACCAUGAUCUUAUCGCACUUGGCUGGAAUUCAGAUGUUCGCUACUGGAGGCUUGGGUGGUGUUCAUAGGGACGGACACAUCACCAUGGACGUCAGUGCUGACUUGACAGAAUUAGCUCGUACUCCAGUCACCGUGGUGUGUGCUGGUCCCAAGCUGAUCUUGGAUAUUCCUCGAACUAUGGAGUAUUUGGAGACACAGGGAGUAUUUGUUGGAACAUAUAACGACAAUGGCAGAGAACGGGUCGAAGUUCCAGGCUUUUUCUGCAGAGAGUCUGGGGUUUUGUCUCCGUAUUCGUUUGACUCGUGGCAGGAGAUCGCAUCGAUAGUGUAUAAUCAGAAUACCGUCAUGGGCCUCACCUCUGGAAGCUUGGUAUGUGUCCCACCACCAGAAGAGACAGCCUUGUCAAGUGAUUUCAUCAACAAUAUUAUCGACGAUGCCAUUGUGGAGGCAGAGAAGAGAGGCGUUUUAGGCAAAGAGUUGACGCCAUUCUUGCUCCAGAAAAUCGCAAAGGACACGAAAGGUCAAUCCGUGGAAUGUAACAUGAAGUUUGUGAUGAACAAUGCAGAGGCGGCACUGAAAAUCGCCAAGGAGCUCCUUGAGAUUGAGGAAAAUGGUCCAGAGGUAUGUUGA